AGUAGCCCGCGGACCGCGCUCUCGACGACACACGCGCAUACGUUCCUGUCUCUCACCUACACCUAUCUAUCACUGUCCCGAACUUCGUCCGGAGCGAAUCCCGAAAGUUGCUGACAUUCUAUCGGGAAAGUUGUGCGCUGUAUCGUGUGUGCAGAACUAAACACACAGAAGUGCCGUGGCUCUUGAUUAAAUACGAAACUGUGAACUUUAACGUGCAAUCCGUUUCGAGUGGUCUCUGUUCGCAUCUGCGGGCGUUUCGGAACUUUCGCGCGAACUUCUCCUCCGGCGUCCCGGAGGUGUGAAAAGGUUGUCAAAAUAGCCAAAGUGUCUCCGAUAAAGUUGUCGGCUAUGGACAGUAACUCGGUGUCUCCGAUGCCGGAGCUGGCGCCGAUUGCGGAGUUCGACAAGUCGCCGCCGUCGCCGCCCAACGAGGAGGUGCCCAUGGACGACCUGCCGCCGCCGCCCGCCACCAUAUCCCAGGCCGAGGGGAAGAAACUUAAAGUCCAACGCAGUCGUUCGUACGAGUCGGACGACCAUGAGAGGGGGGCGUGCGAGUGGUGCGAGUAUGCGCUGGUCAUCACGCUCGCGACCAUCCUCCUCAUCGGGGUGUCGGCCCUCACCGUCUUCUGGGUGUUCUACUACCGCGAGGGCUAUGCCUGGGCUGACGAUCUGCCCGACAAGCAGUUCAACCUGCACCCCACGCUCAUGGUGGCUGGGUUCAUCACCUUCAGCGGUUUCUCCGUGCUCCUGUACCGCAUCUGCCGAUGCUUCCGACGCAUCUACGUGAAGCUGCUGCACGCCAUCUUCCACGCACUGGCGUUCCCCUGCAUCGUCAUCGGUUUCCUGGCAGUGCUGGACUACCACAACAAGAAAGGCAUCAACAACUUCUACUCGCUACACAGCUGGAUCGGCUUCGUUGCCAUGGGACUGUUUGGAAUACAGUACGCAGUCGGCUUCUUCAGCUUCCUGCUGUUGUUGAUCUGCAAUAAGGGAACCGCUGGCUUCCGUGCCUCCCUGGUGCCUGUACACGCGGCUUUUGGAAUCCUCACUUUCGUGCUUGGAGUCUGCGCCUGCCUCACCGGACUUACUGAGAAGGCAAUCUUCACUCUCGGGGCCGACGUUUACUCGACGCUGAACAACGAGGCCAUCGUGAUCAAUGCCAUCGGGAUGUCCGUGGUAGCCGUGGCCAUCGUCGUGCUGUACACAGUACGCGGCACCGGGGGCUACCGUCUCCGCAAGGUGGCUGCGCAACACCCUAGCUAAGCAGGACCUAGUUUAGUUGUAAUCCACACGUUUGGUGACAAAUUCUUUGGUUAAAUUGACGAGUGUGUGAUGUUGGUAAGUUAGGCAAUUUUUUAAUGUGAAUUGUAACAUAAUCUCCACCAUCUGGUGGAUAUGCAAAGGUUGGUAGGUUGGCAAUGCUGGUAGUUCAAAAUAUCCUGUCUACUUGAUCAGACAGUCUUGACAGAAUAGUGAAUCGAUCACUAAAAACCGCUAUGUCAACCUGGAAUGUAGUUGUCUCGAUCAUUGCUGUUGUCAGUCUUAGGUCUGUCUGUCAAGAAACACAUAGCAAUAACAUUUUGAGUAUAAUUAUGCAAUGCGAUUGUAAAUUGAAUUAUGAUCGUUACGCUGAAACUGACAGGCCUUAAAUUGUAAGAAAACAUUGUGUAAGAACACCAAAAACUAUUGAAAUUCAUCACACUCGUCAAUUUGUCAUGGAUAGCUAAAUAUUUUCAGGGUCUUGUCUGUACAGAUUCGACACAUCAAUUUAAGAGUCGCACGCCUAGCGACAACUGUGUGCAGCCAGUGAAAACUAUAACUAAGACCCACUGUAAGAACUUACUUAGAACAACUUUAGAUCUUUGUGGAUUGAUUGAGAUUAAUUCAGCAAUUUGUCACCAAACAAUUUUCUACCAUUUUUAAACAGUUUGUAAGUUCGUUUUUAUGCUGGACGCGAAAGAACACCAUGACUAGUAUAUCUAUCAUAAGCAUAAAAUCGGAUAAUAUAAAUAUAAUUCUUCCAAUUUUCCUUAAGUAUAGAUAAUUUUGCGCAAUAAAAGACAAAUAUCUAUUUAUUCUCAAACACGUUCUUAUUGUGUUUCGUGAAGUUUAUAUUCAAAUAAUUCAAUUAAAGGAUAUAAUUGUUUAGCUCAAUUUGUUAACUUUAGGUUUACAAAUUCUAUUGUGGUGACAUUAUUUAUGAUUGUUCUUAGGGUUGUGCGUUGUUCCAAUUUUUUAAAUCUUUAUAUGAAAAAUGGGUGAGUUGAUUCCGUCUUAGUCAAAAUUAAUUCGACUGAUAUUGGAACCGUAGUGUUUAUUUCAUUUCUUUGCUUAAAAAUAAUAAACAACAUUAUGUAAGUAGCGCGUGUACGCUAAUAAGGACGCAGUUUACGAACUUAAGUAAUAAAUGUAAUGGAUGAGGAGAAUUUUAUAUUCUGCUAGGACGAAAUGUAUCGAAUAAGCUGGAUAUAGGUUCGUUUUAAUUUUCAACUUUGUACUCGCUGUUCUGUGGUGAAAUAAUAUUGUUAGCGACUAGCGUUAGGACAGAACUUGUGUGUAAGCUAAGUAUGGAACGAAACCGAGUGUGUAACGGAUUGUCUAAACAUAAUCACUACCAAAACCAAAUACCCGUGUAAAUCUAUUGUUUUCAGUUGAAAUGUCAGAGGCCAUACAUGAUACAUUUUUGUUGGUAUCAAUCUAACCUACGUAGGGUGACUAGUUAAGAUAUAUUAGAUGUAACUUGUAUAUAAAUUUUAAUCUAAUUUAAUGUAAUGUGCGAGUGUUCGAUAGUUGUAGAAUGUGAUGGAGUAGUAGCAAAAUACCAUUUAAAUAUUUAUAACGAUCAGUAAAACAUAAUUAUAUCAAAAAAAUAAAUGAAAAGCAAUAUUAUAAUAUUGAUUGGCGCUCACAGUGAUUCUGUAGUUUUUAUUGGAAUAUGAGAAACAUCAAUGCUUUUAUAAACAUAUUUGCAAUAAAAGAUAUUCUAACAAAAACUGCAACACAUUCAAAUUCAAAUUGAACAUCCUGGAAAUAAACUUGUUUAAUGAUAGAUAUGUGUAAGACAAGUGUUCAUCCAAGUUGCCAAAUUCGGUGUAAAGUGGUCAUAUGUUUGUUAUAAUCAAUUAUUAUGCGUAUUACAAGUAGCAUGUUUAUCAAUAAUUGUAGGAUAAUGCUCAACGUGUUAAUUUUAUACGAGGGGUACCGACAAGUUCGUUUCCUUUAAAUUAAAUGAUAAAUAUAAUAUAAUAAGGAUUCAAUUGUAUAAAAUUGCAUUCCAUGUAAGCAUUCGAUGUCUAUAACAUUCUUUGAUGAAUAUACAACAGUACUAAGACUGCAUUCAUAAGUAGGUCCUUUUGUAUUCAAUAACAGGAUUUGCUAUAAUUUUUGCAAAUGAUAUUUACAAACUAAAAUAAUUCUAGUUUUUGUGGAUCCCUUUCAAAAGCUGGGGCCAAGUUUUUAUAUUAUUAUAUGAUCCCCAAUUGUACAGUUGUGACAGAUUUUGUUACAGUUUCUUAACAAAGUUUAUUACCUAUUUUACAUUGACACUAUGAAGUCCGAUGCUUCUUUUAAUUUCAAAGCACUAAGAGAUUUAAAUAUGGUACCUGCUUAUUAAUGUAAUAGUUAAGGAUAUUGUAACAAUAAAUAAUUUCCCGUUGUACUCAUAUGUUGCGAAUGGUAGAUAAGUUUCAUAUGUAAUAUUUCAAUUGUAAUUAUUUUGAAUAUUGAAAUAUAAUUUCGCAUACUUAGUUACGUUGAUUACAGUUAUAUUGGUUGAAAUAUGAAUUUUAUCACUGUUUUACAUUUUGAAAUAUUUAUACGGCAUUCAUAAGGUACAUUAAAUACUUGUAAUAAUUA